AUGGAAGCAAGUUAUUCCAUGGAAGAAACCGGUACCGUCGGCGGCGGCGUCGGCAACAACAAUAAUAACCGAGCAACCAUAACCAGCAUAGCCCAGGACCACCUCUUAACAAUUCUGCUUCUACUGCCUUCAGAUUCGAUUCUCUCCUUUUCCAUGACAUGCAAGAAAUUCAGGGCACUUAUAUUCUCGGACACUCUUUGGGAAUCCAUAUGCAGGAGGGACUGGGGUUCCAAGUCUGUUGAUGCUCUCAAGUCUUCCAAUCUUCAUUUCCAGCAGCAGCAGCAGCUACCAUGGAUGAGGCUCUACAAGCAAGUCUUUCGGCUUGAGUCUGUUUCUUGCCAUAACCUGACCUACCCAGAUAGUGAAUUGUUGGUCCCACGCCCCAGAGCUUCUCACUCUCUCAACUUUGUGUCCGACUGUCUGGUCCUGUUUGGUGGUGGUUGUGACGGAGGGCGACAUCUUGAUGACACAUGGGUGUCUUUUAUUGGCAAAGGUUUUCAGAAGAUGCUAAAGUGGCAGAAGGUUAAUUCAGGCAUUCCAAGUGGGAGAUUUGGGCAUACUUGUGUUGUAAUGGGUAAUCUCCUGGUUCUGUUUGGUGGAAUUAAUGACCAUGGGAGUCGUCAAAAUGAUACAUGGGUGGGACAAGUGGCAUGCCAUGAGACCUCGGUUAUUACAUUAUCAUGGAAGUUGCUCGAUUUGCAGUCUGUUGCACCCCCCUCACGCGGUGCCCAUGCUGCAUGUUCCGUUGAUGAUAGGUUGAUGCUCAUUCAUGGAGGGAUAGGGCUGAAUGGCCUCAGAUUGGGUGACACAUGGGUUCUAGAAGUCUCUGAAAGUCUCUGCUAUGGAGCAUGGCGUGAGAUCUUGACUUAUCCGUCACCUCCAGCUCGUUCAGGACACUCAUUGACCUGCAUUGGGGGUACAAGGAUAGUUUUAUUUGGAGGAAGAGGAUUAGGUUAUGAGGUGCUUAAUGAUGUUUGGGUCUUGGAUAUGCCUGAGGGUUACCAUAAAUGGGUACAAAUACCUUACGAAUUACCAAAAAUACCAGAAGGAGUUUCCCUCCCACGAGUUGGUCACUCAGCUACACCAAUUGUGGGAGGUCGAUUGCUGAUUCAUGGGGGGGAAGAUUCAUACAGACACAAGAAAGAUGACUUUUGGGUGUUAGAUGUUAGUGCAAUCCCAUCCAUCAGUGUGCAGCAGCCAACCACACUGAACUCCAGAGGAUUAUUGGCAAAGAUGUGGAAAAAGUUAAAGGCAAAUGGUCAUAAACCCAACCGUCGUUCAUUCCAUCAGGCAUGUGCCGAUCCUUUGGGGUGUUAUUUGUAUGUGUUUGGUGGAAUGAUAGAUGGGUUAGUUCAGGCUGUUGAACCACCUGAGCUGAGGUUUGAUGCGGAACUCUUUCUUGUGGAGCUUGUGCUUAAGCUAUAG